CUCAUGUCUGACUCACCGUCCAGCGCAGCAGGUCGGUCUGAGGACGCUCAGUAACUCUGAGCUCAGCUGAGUUACUCUGCUGGCUCUGUAAAGCUUUCUGACGAGUUCAUGAGGAAAAAGAAGCGUCUCUUGUGGAGAUACAGCCUAUAAUAACUUCAUUUAUGUGUAUUACAGGAGAGAUACUGCCUGCAGGUCAAUGAGGGACCACACUCUGGACUACUUUCUGAAGAAAGGCACAAUACAGGAGAGGGAUGCUGCAGAUAUCAACUGGUAUCAUGCAGCCAACAGCAAGGACAAGAUUAACGAAGCACUUCAAGGUCCUGCCCAGAUGAUUGAAGCUGAUGUUCUUCUCAGGGGUCAUGACCCAAAGGAACCUAUAAUGGCACAUCCUCCUGAUACAGACAGUGACAUUACACUGCAAGACUGGCUGAGUGCGGUGGUGAACUCAGACAAGGGCAUCAAACUGGACUUCAAAAGCCUAGCAGCAGUGGAGCCCUCUAUGGCUCUUCUAGAAGACGCCCGGGUUCAGCUGGAAGGACCCGUGUGGAUCAAUGCAGACAUUCUUCCAGGGCCUGGGGGCCAUGCGACUCCCUUAGACACCCAGGCCUUUCUUCAGGCAGUGGCUUUGAGAGCGGAGGGGGACGUGCUGUCCCUGGGUUGGACCACUGGAUGGUCUCCAGAUACAGACAACCCAGGUUACAGCUGGGAGAUGGUUCAGCAGAUGGAGGCGGUUUGUAGGCCACUGAGGCAACCAGUGACAUUCCCGGUGCGAGCUGCUCUUCUGCCCCAGUCCUUCCCACAGUUACAGUGGCUCUUGCAGCAGUCUGAUAGGUACACUCUGACUGUAUGGACAGGCCAAAGUGACAUGUUGAAUGUGGAGGACCUGUUGCCCUAUAGGCAAAACUUCAACAAAUCUAGGAUCUACUACGAUCUGCUAGAGUCUCAGAUAUCAAAGUUCAAAACACUACCUGGGUACAACUAAAAGAGAUUAAGUGGCACAGAGUUCUGGAGGAGAUUCCUUCUAUUAUAUUGAGAUGAAGGAAUUGUGUCAGAGAUGAAAAGACCCACUUAGAUUCCACCACUUUUUCAAAAUUUCUGCAUAAUUUAACUGUUACAAUGUAAAGUCAGUCAGAGUGAUUUGAAGUGAAACGCACCAUUCCAGAGAAAUCAUCUAAGUAAUAUUAUUUAUAGCGAUGGAAAUAGGAACCAUGUCUGAGUAUAAUGCCUCUAAAAGAUACGAAAUAAGAUUGAAAAUGGUAUUCCAUGAUAUGGUUUCCAGUAGUCCUGAUAUCCGAGACAUUGUUUUACGAUUUAAACAUUUUUUUUUAUUUAUUCAUGGCAGAAAGGUGCAUGCAGGGUGUUGGUAACCAAAUUAGUCCCUAAAGAAAACAGUUUUCUGGUUUAUCACUAUUUUACCAUUAUGAAUGCUACAUAUAAAAACUUGUAGUUUAUUGGUAAAUUUGGAUAACAAAUAAAAAGAUUAUAUUUGCUUUGUAGACACUGUGACCCUUGCUUCCUUUCGCAUAUCAACACCACUGUAAAGAAAUCUCAGUUGGUAAUUUUCUAUACUAUACACCGUUUUCCAUCAAGCCACUCUGACUUUGUUUACAUCUCAGCAACGACACUGUUGAAAAAAAGGUUUACAGACACAGACACUUGGUUAGUUUUGAUAUGUUUUGGAUGUUUUGCUUUACUACAAGCAUUGUAAUGAUCCACAAACUGUGGUUGACAGUGCCUGAACAGACUACCACAUUCUGACCUUGUAUUGGCAGCAGAUUAACACAGGUUACAAUGUCUUGGUUUUUAAUUGUGAAGAUGGAUACGGCAUUUAGGUACACAGUUGAGGGCACUAAAGAAUGACCACACAUCGACAAGACACAACUGAAGUAAAAGGCGCAAUGUUUCUAAAUAAAAUAUAUCUGGGAUAUAGAUUAUCAUUAUAGACAUCAACCUUGUUACUCUAUGGUCAAAUAUCAGUGUUUUGGUUGUGACAUUAUGUUGUAUUUUUACUGCAAAGUCACAGUUUUCAAAGUGAAUUUUUAACAAAUGUCAUUUGAAAUGGUUUAUGAUGUGUAAUUAAUCAGAAUAAACAUUAAUAGAGUCUUUACUUUA